CAGCAGGCUUUAAUUUUGGAAACACUGCUAAUAAUAAUAAUAACACUUCGCAGUCCUCUUCGCCUUUUGGGUUCCUAGGCCAAACAUCCAAAUCUCCCUUUGCCGCGUCAACAAGUGCUCCAACAGGUUUUAAUCCUCCGCAACAAACUGCAUUUACCAGUUUUAACAAACAAGUAGCUUCACAAGCUGUAGGUGUAAGUCCAGGUUUCGGCAGUACAUCUGUUGGGAGUUCUACGACACCUCUUCCAAGCUUUGGGCUUGGUAACCCAUCGACGUUUUCUGUAUCUUCUAGUGGCUUCAGCUCGUUUACAAAGACCCAAAGCACUGAUUCUGGAAAGAGUCAAAGUCUAAAUUUGUCAACUGGAUUCUCUGCAUUAGGAAAUGCAAGAACUCAACCUGCAUUUGGAGGAUUUGGUAGUAAUUCGUUAUCAACAACUUCUGCUUCGACUCCUUUCUCGACAUUCUCUCAAUCUAAUUCAGAUAGUGAAAAAAAAGAUAAUAAAAUCGGUUUCGGCACACCUGCAACCCCUUCUAUUACGCCAAAAUUUGGUAGCAAUGUUUUUGCUACUGGAAAUAUUAGCGACUUUGGUAGCUUAGGAACUACGUCGAAAACAUCUCAAGCACAAAACACAUCCGGAUUCUCCGGUUUUUCCGGUUUUAAUAAAACUGUUACUACUGCCAGCGGCGAUGCGUCGAAUAAAAGUAGUACUACUCCACUAAGUGUGCCUUCUAAUGGAACAGGUUAUACUUUGAAUGCAACAACGUCUAGCUCAAAUAUUUUUUCUAGAAUUGGAGUUUCAACAUCUCAGCCAGUCCAGUCAACUUCAUUAUUAAACUCAUCUGGUAGCCCAUUCGGAUCAAGUAAUGUUAAACCAUUUGAAACUCUUACUACUACUAAGAAAGACACUACAGCACCAACAACAAGCAGUACAUCAUUGUUUGCAAUACCCACUGAAGUAAACAAACCUAGUGUUAAUAUUCCAAAAACAACGAUGCCGACGUUCUCUACGAGUGUCACAUCUUCUCCGAUAGGUGGAGCUGGAAUUAAACCUUUUAUGUCCUCUUCAACUGCUUUUUCUGCUCCCAAGCCAAGUGCCAUAAGUACAUCAUUAACUGGAAGUUCUUCAUCAUCAUCGGGCACACUAACGUCCAUAGCGACGACAACUACAUCGAUUCCGACAUCAGUCCCAGCUGGUGGUUCUGAUCAAAUACCAUCUUGGCUAAAAAAUAACAAUAUUGAGGGUAUAAUUAAUAAAUGGACUAAAGAUUUGGAAAAUUGUUCUAAAAAGUUUCAUGAACAAGUUAAAGAAGUUAAUCAAUGGGAUCAAAAAAUUAUAGAGAAUAAUGGCAGAGUCACCAGACUCGGAGAGCAAAUUAAUAAAGCUGAUUCGAUUCAGGCUGAAAUUGAGACUGGGCUAAAUAAUAUUGAAUCUCGGCAACUGGAACUUGAGAAGAUCUUGUCUGAAUACGAGCAAAAAUUUGGCGAUCCCGCUUUGGAGACAUUGAAACCAUUGGAUAAGGAGAGGGAGAGAUCUUAUGAAUUAGCAGAAUCAAUUAAUCAAGAACUCGACACAAUGAGUCAAGUUUUAUCUGCAAUGAUUACAGAUAUGAACAGAAAUACUACUUCAUCUAAUUUCACACCAGCAUCAACCGCAGAUGAGCAGGAUUCAACGAUAGAUGAAGCAGAUGAAGACCCGAUUGACGAAGUCGUAAAGAUUUUGAAUUCUCAUCUGACUUCGCUUCAGUGGAUUGAUGCGACAGCUAAUCAACUUAAUGCACGUGUUCAAGAAACGCAAUCAUUUCUAGAACAUGCAAAAGAUAAAUUACAAGAGAAUAGGAAUGGGAAUAUUGUCUGA